CACAUGAUUUUCCUCUCGGCCGGAUUCGCUGUGGGCCAACAAAAAAUCGAGAACUGAAAACAAAAAUCGCGUUUGCAUGCGACACAAUCUUUCAGCGAGUGUGUGAAUGUUGCUAAAUUUAUAAAUAACAGCUUAAGUUGUGCUGCUCCCAAAGUAAAUUGAAAUAAAAGCAAAAGUGAUAUGCGUUCCCGUCGCCGUGAAACGGAAAACGCAGGCGAUGGAAAAUGGGAAAAUAGGAAAAAAUAAGAAAAAUAAGAAAAAUAUCAACGCAUAAAUAAAGCGCGAGCCUCGCGUCCGAUUCUGUCGCAUUCGCCGGCUGCAUUCCCAAAUAGAUCGGGGUGCUAUAGGCUAUAUCUGCGCGUAUGCCCUAUAGGCACCGCCAGUAUAUAUCCCAAACCUGCCCGGUGCGUGCCGGUGGAUUAUGUAAAGUGGCACACGGCCGAUCCCGAUCACGAAGUGAUCGCCGAGCGCGAAUAAAAGCAAAGAAAAUAAUAAUUUACCAAGCAGAAAAGAAAUAAAUACAAUAAAAUAAAAUGGUAUAAAAUAGGGGAAUGCAGAGAGAGUGUCGUAGAAAUUUGUCGCACGCGCGCGAUUUCAGUAAGUGCAUCUAAUUUAUUUUGCAUCUAUUGCAAUUGAGAGGCGGCAUCCGGCAGAUACGUUUUCGUAAUUGUCGUCAGCGGUUCGAGUUCCUCCGUUUCGAUCUCGCGCGAGUGCUUGCCAGAUUGGAUUACCAAACCCAGGCCAUACCAAAAUAAAUUAUAAACCAAUUUUGAAAGGGUGAUAAACAUAUUGUGACCGAAUUUUGAUCAGACCUGCGAUCGAGGAUCGCUUGCCAAGAGCAACGUAAUGUCGUCCUACCGCAGUUAUACACCCUGGAAAACGAGCUUGGGCAGUUCUUAUAAGCCUAGCAGCUCAACGUAUGGAACCUCCGGUGACUCCACUUCGCGCUACACUUCACUGGCCACCCCGAGCUCCUACAGACCAUCGUUCUCUGGAGGAACUUACCGCCUCAAAAGGGAUCCACCACCACCAGCCAACACAACUCCAGUCAGCAGCUAUGUUAGUCGAUAUGCAAAGGCAGAUCCUAAAGACGCAGCUCCGAGUGAGCGAAGUAGUCCAAUUAAGAGGUACACGGGUAAUACUACCAGCUCCCUUGGGAAAUAUGGACGCUCUCGAGAUCCCAGUCCAGUGGCCUUAGAGCAUACUAAUCGCAAUAAGUCUCGGGAUCCGAGUCCAGUCAUCGACAGUGCCAGAAGUAAAUUGGGAAGCACAUAUCGUGCAGGGAAUACACCAACAACCUCCAGUUCAUCAUCCUCGGCGGCCAGAAACGCCUACAGCAGUCGCUAUGGAGCGGGUGCUCGGAUCUCGGGAAAUGGAAGUGCCUUAUCUUACUUGACCACCAGUGAUUUUCAUGCCAGAACUGCCAGCAGGGCCAAGGCCAGCAGAGAAAGGGAGCGGGAAAAGGAGAAGGAAAAGGAGAAGGAGAUAGAGGAGAAACCCAGUGAGGCGUCUAAUGGCAUAGAUAAGUCUCCUGCGAAGCAACAGGAAGAACAACCAGAGAUCGAUGAAGAACCAAAUGAAACCUUCAUCACUAUAUCCGUCGUGACUAGAGCCACUUCACCCACUCUACCGGGCAGCACAACCGUACAACGCACUCGUCGCAUUGAUCCAGCCAAAACAAUAGAGAAGACCAUCCAAAGAUCCACCAAAAGGCGUGAGACAACAGAUCAGGAGAUCCAGUCGGACAGAUUAGAUGAUUCUACCCGAUAUCUUCGAUACAGUGCUGGCAGCAGUAUAAGUUCUACUUAUAGUCCACACAGAGAUAGGAUCAGCAGUCUACGGUACAGUGCCAGCCCGUUGAAUAGUUCAGGAGCUUCGAAAUCCAGUUCGGUGGGUGAGGGAAAACAGAUUCAGCCAAUACCAGAGACUGUUUCGCCAGCUAGGACCAAUGGCUCUGUGAGCUCAGCCAAGUCCUCAGAAGCGCUGUCCCCUCCAAGAACCAAUGGAAAUUUGAGUUCAGGGAAGUCAUCUGAAGCCCUAUCUCCACCCAGAAGUAAUGGGUGCUCAUCAAAGUCCACAGAAGCGGUGUCUCCACCCAGGACAAAUGGCUCUUUGAGCUCUUCGAAGUCCACAAAGUCCAAACUUUCACCACCGAAGGCAAUACGAUUGAACUCCCGACAAUCUUCAGUGGAAAACCUAGUAAACAAGCCACCUGCUCCUCCCAGCAAGGCGGAUUCUCCCACCAAAACUUGCAGCUCCAGUUCAGGUAGCUCGGCGGUUAAAUGGCCCAACAAGGACUUCCGCAAAUCCUCCCUUAAUGUGGGACCCACGGAUCGUCCACGGAAGUCUCGAACUCCUAGUAGUGGGGGAGAGUCCGAGGAUCUACCCAAUGGCAGUAGCCUUGAAAGGUCACCCAGUGCCGGGUCAGAUGGAAGUCUAGCCUCGGGUAGUUCCUCAAAGAAAUCGAGCAAAUUGAGCAAUGGCAAGGUGCCAGGCAGUCUGAAGCCAAAGAGUCACAAAUCCUGCACUGAAACCACCACUGGCAAUUCAUCUUCGGCCACCGCCUCCGCAUCGGACAGUGAGCAGCGGGUCAAGAGCGUGAAAAAGCAGGCUAAAAAGAAGACGACCACCAAAGAGGGCGGUGCAGGCAAGGUCGCCAACGCCAACAAGACAAAUAGCACCACUGAAUCACCGUCAGCCGUGGUUGAUGUGGUGCCAGCGACGCAGACAAGACUGAAGAAGCUAUCGGCGGUAUCGAAUUUUUUCGCUAGCCGUCAGCAAGACGCAAAUAACGAACCGAUCUUCUUCGAAAGCUCCGAGAGUUCGGGCGAACCGGAGGCUCAUUCGUUGCCAGUGAUCUCGGCCAUAUUGGGAACCUCAAAGAUCUCGAAAAUCUCUGGGAUCAGUCUGACCACAGAUUUGCGAACGAACGAACCGCGAACGACGCUGUCGAGCGAAUCGAAACAAUCACCCCAAACGAAUUCCCCAAGUUCGAGCACACGUUGCCCGCGGGAAACCACGACGGAAACGGCUACAAGAUUACCCAGCAGCACCACUAGCACCACCCACGAGACAAGUCUCACCACCACUGCCAGUUUGACCACCUCUGAGCAGGAAGAUCCCAGUUGGUGGCAGGAUACCAGCUUACAGAUAAACACGGCUUCUGCUUUGGAUCAAAAUAAUAGAGGAGAGAUGCCCUCUUACAGGCUAAGACACAUUGACUCUGGGGAGGAGCAGGCCUGGUGGCUACGCCAGGAUGAGAAUGGCGAUGAUGAUGACACACUGGCGGAGGAGACGCUCAAUACUCUGGAUGAUGAUCUCCAAGAGCCGAGCAAAAGCACCUGGUGGAGUCAGGACGAUCAGGACUCCAGCAGUCAGGUGAAACUAAUGCCCAGGAGUAGGAUAACGCCAGAAAAAGAUGCCUGGUGGCUGCAGGAUGAGGAUGAGGCUGUGAAAUCUCCCAUAGAGAAUGGUGAUCUGAACAACAAUAACAAUAGCGAGCCUCAUGUGGAGGUGACUCUAAGGUUACCAUCGAAUGUCAGCCAAAGGAGCUCCAAAAGUAGUGCUUCCAAGAAUGGAAGUAAUCCGAAGAGUGGUGGCGCCAACCCUUGGUGGCUAUCCGGACCAGCCAGAAAGAUGUUCAAUGUCCAACGCGUUGAGUCGGGCGAAAGAGCGUGGUGGCAGGAGGAAGCCGAGGAGCCACCGCAAGAGGAAAAAGAGAGCGAACCACCACCGGUGAAGCCACCCACGCCACCACCGCGCAUCAUCAAACACUGGGAGUCCGGAGAGCGGGCCUGGUGGUUACAGGAUGAGACGGAAGCCACCCAACUCCCUGCUCAGGCUAGCAGCGAUGAUGAGGAGCAACCAGUUUUGGUGGUGAUUAAUCAGCAGGAGUCUAGGGACGAAGUGGACCUGAGGCUGGCACCACCCACUUUGGAAUCCCAGGAGCUGAGCAACUCCUUCAAUUUUGACGCCUAUUCCGAGCGACCACCUCCACUGGGCCAAUGUGCCAGUCCCGUUCGCUGCCCCUCGCCCUACGACAACAUUCCAAGAUCGCAACUGCAGGAGCCACCACCACCCACUCCCACUCUGACAUCCCUGCAGCCGCGCUUUUCACCCCAAACACGGCGAGCCGGCGAAAAGCUAUUUAUUUCGCGGCACCAGAACAUCGAUGAGCUGCUGGGCGGAGCAUGCCGCCCCCUCAGCCCGCUCUUCUAUGGGAACACCAAUCCUGCUGAGGCCGAGCUAACCCCUCUAGCCGGCAAGAACAUGUUCCUGCUCGAGGAGAUAACACCUGAUCAGGUGCGAAUCCACGACAGCACCGCCCAGCUGCCGGUUAUCCAGAGAAUGCAGCGCGAUGUCGAGUGGUUGGAUAAUGGCAGCAACUUUUAUGAGCCACCCGAACAAAAACAACACCAGCCGCCGCGCAGGAUCGACGAUGCAGCCAUUCAGGUGUACAAGGAUGGCGACUACGGAGCCUACUUGGAUCUGGAGUCAUCGCUGGCCGAGCAGACCGAGGAAAUCGAGGGAGUCAACGUCAGUCGCAAGAAUUCGCUGGUGGUGCGAACGCAGUUAAAUGUGCGCGUGCAUGCCAUAAUUGAGAAACUACUCUCCGCACAGGGCAGUGACCUGCGGCGUGCUCUCUUCUCGCUGAAGCAGGUGUUCCAGGAGGAUAAGGAUCUGGUGCACGCCUUCGUGGCCCUCGGCGGCCUCAAUUGCUUGGUGCGCGUGGGCAAUUGUGCGGAUCAAAACUAUCAGAAUUACAUUCUGCGGGCCCUCGGUCAGGUCAUGCUCUAUGUGGACGGAAUGAACGGCGUGAUGAAGCAUGAGCCGACGAUGCAGUGGCUCUACUCGCUGAUUGCCUCCAAUUACCGAUCCGUGGUGAAGACCGCCCUCAAGUUGUUGCUGGUUUUCGUGGAGUACGCCGAGUCCAACUGCUAUGUGCUGGUCAGUGCCAUCCACGCAGUGGACGCUUCCCAGGGCACACUGCCGUGGUCAAAUAUAAUGAGACUGCUUAAGGACUAUGACAAUGCUGAUGCCGAGCUGGUGAUCUAUGCCACUUCGCUGAUUAACAAAACCCUGGCGGGUCUGAAUGAUCAGGACAGCUUCUACGACGAAAGCGAUCUUCUAGAGCAGCAGGGCAUGGAGACAGUGAUCCAGCGUUAUAUGUCCAAGCCGGGCACUGAUUUGGAUCUGCUCGAUCAGUUGCAGCUGUAUGAGGCGGUGCUCAAAUUUGAGGAUGGUGAGUCGGAUGGACAGCGCUUGCCGCAGAACUCAAUGCGAAAAACGCAACGCUAUCGUCCGGGAACCAAUACGACUGAAAGACGCAAGUCGCGUCGCCAUAGCACAGAUAAUAGUCCCGCAUCACUAACAAAGGUCCUGCCCACCACUGUCCUCCGGAUGACACCUACACAAGCAACGGUGGAUGAGGAUAGUUCUGGCUCCACCAACUCAACGGAAUUUAGCGGCGGUCUCUUUAAUGAGAAGAAACCUCGUGAUGGUGCAGGCGUGACUCCAGGACUUCGAAGAAGACGAGAGCGGGCAGAGCGGCACAAGAGCUUUCUGAAGGAGCAACAGGAGGCGGCGGCCAAUGGAAUCUUCGCUGCUCUCGAGCAGCGGGAGGGACUGGGCCAAAUUGUAACCGCCAUACCCGCCACCAUUCAAACCGGCGACAGUCCGCCUCAGUCCUUGCAACAUGAGGUGCCACCGUGCAACAACAUCAGCGGCAUCACCAACAUUAGCAACAACAAUAUCAGCAACCUUAGCUGCAAUGACACGCCGAACAACAGUCUGUUGGUGAUGAGUCCUAGCAAGCAACUGCUCACUGGAAGCCACAGCAUCUCCAUUAUUAACAACAGCUUCGACAAGGCGAGCAAUAACAAUCAGAGCGAGUUCCUGACCAAGAAAAACCUAUUCCGGGAACGCAAUUCAACUGUGAUCAAUGGUAUUAUGAAGAAUAUCCAGCAAACCGAUAGUGCCUAUAAGAAGUACGAGAACGAAGCGAACCGGCUGAACAACUACUACAGUCAGUCGCCGAAACAUCAGAUCCAUCAGCCCAUUCAGCCAACGCCGGAGGUCCUUUUGAGUCCGAAAAAAACGCUAAAUGCCUCUGGGUUUGAUUUCACGCCCGCUCCCCUCAGUUCCACCCCGGUUAAGUGUGAUGUCCUGCCGGAACCGGAGCCAUUGAGUCCGGCCAAGAAACCCGCUGCGGCAGCACCACCGCCUCCUCCACCGCCACCGCCGCCACCACCGCCACCACCGCCACCUGGUUGGUGGCACGCCCCGAUCUACAACAGCCCGCCAGCUCGAACCCUAACCAGUACUAACCCAGAGCUGCUGCCGCAUCCUGUGGAUCCUUCAGAUAUGGAGAGCGAGAACAAGCAGCUGCUCCUCCAGCUGAAGCGGGACCACACGGUCAAGGAUCUCACCCAGAAGCUGAGCAACCUGCCAAUGAGUCCCACUCAGGAUUCCGCGAAUCGCGCCCUCGUCGGCGAUAUGUCCGGUCUGAUUUCGAAAGCCAAAGAGGGUCUGGCCAAGAGCAAGAGCAAGGGAGAGAUAUCCAGAUCUUCUAGUGUCGAUCAGGAUGUAAAGAAGUCUGAGCCCAAGAAGUCGGAAAAUGAACUUCACUGGGAGGAACUGGUUAGGAAUAUGACAAGGCCCCUAAAUCUUUGCGAUUUGGACUUUACGGAUCUGAGGGAUGAUGACGAGAAGGAUGUGCUGGCCCCUCGAAGUUUGGGCGCAGGUAUACCCCCGCCGCCUCCCCCGCUGGGUGGUGCCAUUGCGCCACCGCCCAUGAUGCCUCCCAACCUGGCACCUCCACCCAUGUACGGAUAUGGCGGCAGUCUAACCAACAGUGUCAAUUCGUUGAAUGGUUCUAUAAAUGGGGAACUGGUCAAUGGUAAUAACACCAUCAAAAAGAACAAGAAAACGGUCAAGCUCUUCUGGAAGGAAGUGCGCGAGGACAUGAUACCGCAGGUGGUGGGCAAGACCAUUUGGGAUGAGCUGCCCGAUGCCAACGUGGACACCCAGAAGCUCGAACAUCUCUUUGAGUCCCGGGCCAAAGACUUGAUGACCAAGAAACAACAAGAGCUGAACAAGAGCAAAGAGAUCAUCGUGCUUGAUCACAAGCGCUCCAAUGCCAUCAAUAUUGCGAUCACCAAGCUGCCUCCUCCGAGGGCCAUUAAGACCGCCAUCCUCAAGAUGGAUGCCACUGUGGUCACUCGGGAGGGAAUCGACAAGCUACUCAAUAUGCUGCCCACCGAUGAGGAGCGUGGCAAGAUCCAGGAGGCCCAAUUAUCCAACCCAGAGUUGCCCCUGGGCAGCGCCGAGCAGUUCCUGUUGACCCUGGCCUCCAUUUCAGAGCUGGAAGCUCGCCUGAAAUUGUGGGCUUUCCGUUUGGACUUUGACAACAGUGAGAAAGAGAUUGCGGAACCGCUGAUGGACCUCAAGCAAGGCAUUGAGAUCCUGCGUCAGAAUCGCACCUUCCGCAGCAUCCUCUCUACCCUGCUGUCUGUGGGCAUCUUUUUGAAUGGAGCUCCCGUCAAGGGAUUCCAGAUCGAGUAUCUGGCAAAGGUUCCGGAAGUGAAGGACACGGUGCACAAACACUCGCUGCUGCACCACCUCUGCCACAUGGUCAUGGAGUCGAGCAGUGAUACCAGUGAUCUGUACUCCGAGAUCGGACCCAUUACGCGAGCCUCCAAGGCGGAUUUUACGGACUUGGCGCACAAUCUCAAUCAGUUGGAGGCGGAGUGCAAGGCAUGCUGGGAUCGUCUGAAACUAAUUGCCAAACACGACAGCCCGCCACCGUUAAAGCAGAAGCUGGUGGAUUUCCUGGCCGAUUGUGCGGAGCGCAUCAUCAUCCUGCAAAUUGUCCACCGACGGGUGAUGAAUCGCUACCGGAAGUUCCUUUUGUGGCUUGGAAUGCCGCAGCACAGUGUGGCGGAAUCGCGUCCCAACGAAUUCUGCCGGACACUCUCUGAGUUCGCCCUGGAAUACCGCACCACCCGGGAGCGGGUGCAGCAGCAGCUGGAGAAGAAGGCCAACCACAGGGAGCGGAACAAGACCCGUGGCAAGCUGAUCAUCGAUAUGGCCAAGUUCAAGACCAAAGAUGACGUGGCCGAUGACGAGUUGAAAAAACUUCUGGACACAUCGAGUGCCGACCAGGCCGAUGGCACACUCACCUGGCGGAGGCGACGAGCGGAACAGCUCCGCUCACCAAUUACCCGCCAAAGCGAGGAGCAGUUCACCGAUGGCGACGAUGAGAUACUGGAAUCUCUGGUCAAGACCGCCACCAAGGCUCCAGGAACACGGACAACGCCGAGGGAACGGAAACGGACGCGCCACGCGGAUCGCAAAUCAUUACGUCGCACGCUGAAAAACGGUCUUACCGAGGAGGAGAAACAGCACGUGGCUGCCUUGAUACAAACCUAUUAGGAUUAGGACAGACAUAUGUAUAUCGUAGAUACCCGCAUCACAUCCGAGAUAAUCCCAUCCCCCAGUGACGUCACAAGUCGGGCACUACGCGCACAGACUGAAAUUGGCGAUCUCAGGCGAGCAAGCGAACCCAGAAAUUACCCUUUUAUACGACAACGUUCGCAUAGUUAGUACUGGUUUUUAUUAUUUUCUAUUUACCACGGCAGCAAU